AUGGGCAUUGAUCUGAUGGACAUUGAUCUGAUGGGCAUUGAUCUGAUGGGCAUUGCUCUGAUGGACAUUGAUCUGAUGGGCAUUGAUCUGAUGGGCAUUGAUCUGAUGGACAUUGACCUGAUGGGCAUUGAUCUGAUGGGCAUUGACCUGAUGGGCAUUGAUCUGAUGGGCAUUGAUCUGAUGGACAUUGAUCUGAUGGGCAUUGAUCUGAUGGGCAUUGAUCUGAUGGACAUUGACCUGAUGGGCAUUGAUCUGAUGGGCAUUGACCUGAUGGGCAUUGAUCUGAUGGGCAUUGAUCUGAUGGACAUUGAUCUGGUGGGCAUUGAUCUGAUGGGCAUUGAUCUGAUGGACAUUGAUCUGAUGGGCAUUGAUCUGAUGGGCAUUGAUCUGAUGGACAUUGACCUGAUGGGCAUUGAUCUGAUGGGCAUUGACCUGAUGGGCAUUGAUCUGAUGGGCAUUGAUCUGAUGGGCAUUGAUCUGGUGGGCAUUGAUCUGAUGGACAUUGAGCUGAUGGGCAUUGAUCUGAUGGACAUUGAUCUGGGCAUUGAUCUGAUGGGCAUUGACCUGAUGGGCAUUGAUCUGAUGGACAUUGAUCUGAUGGGCAUUGACCUGAUGGGCAUUGAUCUGAUGGGCAUUGAUCUGAUGGGCAUUGAUCUGAUGGACACUGAUCUGAUGGGCAUUGAUCUGAUGGGCAUUGAUCUGAUGGGCAUUGAUCUGAUGGGCAUUGAUCUGAUGGACAUUGAUCUGAUGGGCAUUGAUCUGAUGGGCAUUGACCUGAUGGGCAUUGACCUGAUGGGCAUUGAUCUGAUGGGCAUUGACCUGAUGGGCAUUGAUCUGAUGGGCAUUGAUCUGAUGGGCAUUGAUCUGAUGGGCAUUGACCUGAUGGGCAUUGAUCUGAUGGGCAUUGACCUGAUGGGCAUUGAUCUGAUGGGCAUUGAUCUGAUGGGCAUUGAUCUGAUGGACAUUGAUCUGGUGGGCAUUGAUCUGAUGGGCAUUGACCUGAUGGGCAUUGAUCUGAUGGGCAUUGAUCUGAUGGACAUUGAUCUGGUGGGCAUUGAUCUGAUGGGCAUUGACCUGAUGGACAUUGAUCUGAUGGGCAUUGACCUGAUGGGCAUUGAUCUGGUGGGCAUUGAUCUGAUGGGCAUUGACCUGAUGGGCAUUGAUCUGGUGGGCAUUGAUCUGAUGGGCAUUGAUCUGGUGGGCAUUGAUCUGAUGGGCAUUGAUCAUUGA